UGUCAGCGCUGGACUACAGUGUAAGCUGUCACUCUGCGGGUAACGAAUUUGCUUUAAAAAUAACAAAACAAAACGCCCUCCAAUAUUUCUGCGCUUUUACCAGUUUGAACUCUCCUCCGGUUGCCCGCCGAGAUAACUUUCCGUCGGACUUUAGUCUGCGCUGUUGGUGCUCUGGGUUAGCUUACCGGCUAGCUAGCUAGCUAACCCCUACCCGACUAAAAGUGACAGACGGCUUAAGCCGAAGGUAGCUAGCAGCGUUAGCUAGCUUUGCCGUGGCUAGCUCGCCUGCUAGCUGUCUGAGGCGAGAGAGCCGCCCCGCUUCUGGCUUCCUGUUGAGGGAACUUAAAACGUAUCAAGAGGAUGGAGGCCCACAGCUCCAGCCGGCUGCUGCUGUCCAAGAAAAGGAGGAGAGACGGGUCCAACGGUGAGACGGAGGACGGAGAGAGACCAAGCAAAGUCCCCAGAUGCACUGUGGGACUGAAGCAUCCCGCGCCCUUCGCAGAUGAGCUGGAGCCAGCCGGCGAUGAACCCUAUCUUAGAGUCAGCAUGGAGGAGGCCAAAAGGGGGACGCCGCCUGAUAGGCCGGUGCGGGUGUACGCAGACGGAAUCUUUGACGUCUUUCACUCGGGUCACGCCAGGGCUCUCAUGCAGGCUAAAGGCCUCUUCCCAAACACUCAUCUCAUUGUUGGAGUGUGCAGUGAUGACCUGACCCACAAGUACAAGGGCUUCACGGUGAUGAAUGAGGACGAGCGCUACGAUGCGGUCAGUCACUGCCGCUACGUGGACGAGGUGGUCCGGAACGCUCCCUGGACGCUCACACCGGAAUUCCUUGCCAAACACCGGAUUGACUUUGUGGCCCAUGACGACAUCCCAUACUCCUCAGCAGGCAGUGACGAUGUUUACAAGCACAUUAAGGAGGCCGGUAUGUUUGCCCCCACCCAGCGGACAGAGGGCAUCUCCACCUCUGACAUCAUCACGCGCAUCGUCCGUGACUACGACGUGUAUGUGAGACGCAACCUGCAGAGAGGAUACACCGCCAAGGAGCUCAACGUCAGCUUCAUCAAUGAGAAGAAGUACCACCUGCAGGAGCGUGUGGACAAGGUGAAGAGGAAGGUGCGGGACGUGGAGGAGAAGAGUAAAGAGUUUGUCCAGAAGGUGGAGGAGAAGAGCAUCGACCUCAUCCAGAAGUGGGAGGAGAAGUCCCGGGAGUUCAUCGGUAACUUCCUGCAGAUGUUCGGCCCAGAGGGAGCUCUGAAACACAUGCUGAAGGAGGGGAAAGGCCGCAUGCUGCAGGCCAUCAGCCCCAGACAGAGUCCCGACAGCAGCCCCACCCGCGAGGAGCGCUCCCCCUCCCCCACAUUCCGCCUGCCCUUCUUCACCAAGACCUCACCGCCGCCCUCUCCCCCCCCACACCACAGCGCCGCCCGUGGUUACCCCAUCAGCGAGGAUGACGACGAGGACGACGAGGAUUAGAAAAUUCCUCUCUGGGUGCGGCCACGCUUAUCCGUCAACCGAGCUGUCGGGUUUAAAAACGACAAGUAGCGGUGUUUUGUUUUUUUUUGUUUAAGACCUCCCCCCAAUCAAAGGUUCCCCCUUUUUUUGUUAUCCAGUUUUGUUUUAAUUUUCCAUGUACAUUUACCACGUUGACCGCUCACUGUUAAUAGCCAGUUUCACAGAAACCUUGUUUUUUUAACAGCCAGUUUUUAAACACGUUUAUUUUUUUUCUCCUUGGGCGGGUCGAAGGUCACAUUUAUUUUAAAGUAACCACUAGUCACCUGUCGUCACACUCCUUGAGUUGGUCACUAUUGAUUUUUUUUUCACAUUUUAUUUUUAGUUUGUAGUAGUCGCUCACUGUCACUCAUAGGACUGUUAGCAGGUGUUGAACUUGUAGCAGUGGUAAUUGUCCAGGUGGAGUUGUUGUUUUCCUCACGGUGGGUGUCGCGGGGCCACUCGGGCAUUUCUUUGUCGUUCUUACAAGAAAACACCCACAUUGUUCAAGGAGGCGAGACGAGAUAUCGUUGAUGCGCAUCAUGGAUUUUAGGGUAGCUCAGAAAGACGUAGGUCUGCACCAUGGUGUGGUUUUACUCUGCGUAUGCUUACUUUAAAUCAAGCUGUUUUUGUUUUUUUUUG